GGUAAGACACUAUCGCAUCUAUCUUGAACGUUAGAGUUAACUGUUUAGGUUUCACUUAUCACUUUUUGCCGGGGGCACCACAGCUUUACAACAGUAAUCUAGCUAGGUCGUGGAACGACGAGGGAAUUUAAUUGCUGAAACAGUAGAGAUGCAGCCUGCAACAGCCAAGUGGUACGACAGACGAGACUCUGUUUUUGUAGAGUUCUGCGUGGAGGACAGUAAAGAUGUGAAAGUACAUUUCAACAAGUCUAAAUUUGAUUUUGGCUGUCUCAGUGGAACAGAUACCAUCAAACAACAGAAUACAGUGGACCUUUUCGGGGAGAUUGACCCCAAAGUCUCAAAACACAGACGCACUGACAGGUCUGUAUUGGUAUGUUUACGAAAAGCAGAGGCUGGGAAAUCAUGGCCGCGACUUACUAAAGACAAGACAAAGUGCAACUGGCUGAGUGUGGACUUCAAUAAUUGGAAAGACUGGGAGGAUGACUCAGAUGAGGACUUGUCAAGUUUUGACAAAUUCUCAGAGAUGAUGAACACAAUUGGAAGGGAUGAUGUACCUGAUUUAGAUGGUGCAGGAGAAGAGCAUGAAUCUGCAGACAGUGACGAUGAACAAAUGCCCGACCUUGAGUAAAUGAACAUGGAUGCCACCUCAGUAGUAAAUAUAGCGAGGUAAAGUCAACUGGAGAGACACUAGACCUGAGUUGGGCAGCCAUGUUGGAGAAGAGACCUCAUCUCCACGCAGUUUCCAAAGCGAAACCCCUCGAGGGAGUGACUGUUGAAUACAGACGUGAACAGAGAUCCAUAGCGACAUAAAGUGCUGUGCUUUGCUGUUCUGUUCUGCAUGGACAAUUAUGUUCAAAUGAAAAUGACUUAAUUGACUGUAACGCGAUGUUCUGAUGUCUUACACCUUCUCUCUUUGUUUAUGUAUUUGAAUAUUGUGAUUUCUAAUGAAGAAAAGAAAACUCAAAAUGCCUAUUUUCCA